AUGUCUACUGAAGAUAAGCAGGUUUGUGAGGCAGUAGUUGAAAGGAAAGGGAUAGAACAGGAAGACAGAGAUGAUUCAGGAAUCAGUGAUUAUAGAUUGUCAUUAGGAAGCCCAUCAGCACAUUCAACUAGUUAUCCUGAGACACUGGGACAAACGACGAGAAAUAAGCCAGUUUCAGAGGAUGCAGAUAUACGAUCGAUGUUGGCAGCCUUGCUAAAAGAAACUAGAGAGAGGGAAGAAAAAUUCCACAAAUCAGUAGAGAAAGGUUUACAAGAAACAAGAGAAUCACUAAAGGGUUUGCAAGAAACUAACGCAUCAUUAGAGAAAGGUUUACAACAAACUAACGCAUCAUUAGAGAAGGGUUUACAAGAAAAUAGAGAAAGCUUAGAAAAGUCAUUUAAGGAAACUCUAACACAAGAGCUCAAAACAUCAGAAAGGAAGAUAGAAUGUAAUCUGAAGAAGGAAAUGCAGGAGUUACAAGAACGACUGAAGAUGGACAUCGACGAGAGAGAGAGGAAGCUACAGAAGAGCAUAGACCAAGUCCAGGGAGACGUGGAGAAGAUGGAAGGAAAGUUAACAAAAAAGGUGGAAGACGAUAUUGAAGAAACGAAAGCCGAAUUGGGAGAAAGAAUCAACGAAGUGGAAACAAAUUGCAAUCAUCGAAUCGCCGAGGUGACGCAGAUGCAGAAACAAUGCAAUGAUGCGGUUAAGGGGAUAGGAGAUAAGCAAAACCAACUGGCUGUCCAUCUGAGGAAUGCUAUAGCCGUGCAACGAGAAGAGGAUAACAAGAGGGUUGCAAUGGACGUCAGGCAAUCAGAACAGGGAGUGCAGCAAUUGGAGAGCAAGACGGAAGAAAUUGAUAAAUGA